AUGGCGCCGUCCUUACGCUCCCCUGUGCUGUACGCGGGCCUGUGCCUCGUACAGGCUUACCAGCUACUGGAGAGGAACUGUUGGCCGGACUUCUCCGCGCACUACGGCCUUUGCUGUCAGGAGGGAAUCCCUUCUCCAGAACAUUGCUUCGACAAUGCCGGACUCACCUUCGAGAAGUGCUGUCGAUGCGAAAAGCCUUCUUUGGACAGCCUUGGGCAGUGGUACACUCAGCAGUUUUUUGGACCACUUCUCUGUGAUGGGCCAUCUGUGAAAGCCCAUGCCAGCGACUUCUGGGUGCUCGACCGCGGUCAACAGCGGAAGUUGCAAGUCUAUGUUUACCCACUUGGCCGCAUCUUCAAUGCCGACAUACUGAACCGGCUACAGCUCGGUGGCUGGACGUCCGGAAGCGAGUGUGACUACGGGCUGACACCUUGCACGGAAGCGCGCUGGAACAGCUUGUUUUCGGUGUAUCGACAAUUUGCAACGGAGGCUUUAGUGUUACUGAAAUUCCUAGCUGCGCCCGACGGUGUGCUCACGGAGGAUCCCACUAAAGCAGACCUUUUCGUGGUGCCCUACUUGGCGAAAACCGAUUGUGCUGAGAGUGGCAAUGCAGGGCGGGAUCCCUGCUGGGGGAAGUGUCGCUGCUCUACGGCAGUGAAGCAUCUCUUCGAGUCCUUGCCGCACUAUUCCUGGCGGACGCGUGCGCGCCACCUCUUUCUCGCCACAGGGGACAUCAAGGACCUGCCCGUCGAAAUCCAAGGUCAACCACUGCUUAUCUCUUUGGGAGCCUCCUUCUGUGGAGGCCACAUUGUGGUACCCAGCCCCAACUUGGACCCAGACCUCCAGCCUGGCGGGAAGAUGGAGCUCCAAGAGGGAGCAGGGCGGGAGCCGAUUCGGCAUGUGUUUGCCUACUGGUUCGGCUCAAAUGACAAGCCGUGGCGCAGACGAGUCGUGGGCCAGCUGUUAAAGUACCAGCAGACUGCCGGAGCAGAAAAGGUGGUAGUCCACGACAUCGGCAGCAACUACGAGGCACGCGAUAUCUGGCAAACCACCGCUGCAUCCCCGCAGAUGGUUCUGGAGGAGAUGAUGAGGUCAGUCUUCUGCCCGGUUGUGCAGGGCGACGUGCCUCACCAAAAACGCCUCUUCGAUGCGGUGCUGACAGGCUGUAUUCCGGUGGUUGUGGCAUUCCCGUCGCAUGUCCCAGGUCGCGUCAGUUGGUGGCUACCACAGGGUCCACCUGCGGAGCGCAUGGUACCCUUCUGGGAUUCGAUCGAUUAUCGCAGCUUCGUGGUCGAGGUCGAGCAAAGUGAGGUAGAAGCCGGCCGACUCGUGGAGAAACUGCUGCAGCUGUCCCCAGAAGACCGAUCCAGGCGGCGCGAGGCGAUGCGCGCCGCGAGGCCCAAGCUCCGUUUUGAUUUCGCCGGGACAUUCCCCGACGCCUUCUCCGAGCUGCUUCGUGAGAUCUGGAGCUUUCUCCAGACUCUACGGCCGGGUCGCGGCAGCAGCGUCGGCCUGAUGCUGGAUGCUGCAAACACGUCCUCACCGGCCUUCGACUGUGGCGUGCCGCCAGCAGUGCAGGGCACGCAGAUGUACGGGCACAUGGCAUGCUGCCCAGUCACCUCGGGGCGACCUCGGUUUUGA